AUGUCGGGAUCGGAAGAGAAGCUUCCGCUCUAUAAGAUUGUUUUAGCUGGAGAUGUUGGUGUAGGAAAGACUUCUAUAUUUCAGAGAUAUGACACAAACAAGUUUUUCGACCACAAGGACUUUACAUUCGGCCUGGACAAGCUAAACAAAAAUGUCGAGGUCGAUGGACAGAAAUGCAAGGUGUGUUUUAUAAUAAGCAGCAUUUUUGAUAAGCUUGAUAAUCAGUUAAAUUUAAAAGCCAAUAACGCUCUUCUUACAGCUCAUUACCUGGAAAGUAGAACUGAAUACAAAUCGUGAUUUUGAAAUUUGGAUCGAACACACAUAGUCAUUGUCAUUUUGGGUGUCUAGAAAACUCAGACCUAGAAAACACAGACCACAGACCUCAGACCUAGAAAACCCAGACCUCGAAAACACAGACCUAGAAAACCCAGACCUCGAAAACACAGACCUAGAAAACCCAGACCUCGAAAACACAGACCUAGAAAACCCAGACCUCGAAAACACAGACCUAGAAAACACAGACCUCGAAAACACAGACCUAGAAAACCCAGACCUCGCAAUUUAAAACGAGUCUUAAGACCUAUACAUUUGAUGAAAACAGUUUACGCAUGGCGCUUAUUUUCCCUAUAGUUAAUUGUCGUUUAUCUAUUAAGCUAUUGCUGGACUGGGCAACAAGAACAGGCAACAGUCAAACGCAGGCUUCCUUUGUUGGUCUAGGAUCUAUGAUUGCAUGAUGGAAUGCCUCAGUCUUUUGUAUUUUUUAUCUUUUCCCUUAAGUAUUCUUUGUUUUGGAAUAUAAUUAAAAAUGUAAAGCGAAAUAAAAUAUAUGGACUGAGUAGUUUUAGUAGUGUGAAGGAGAUUAUUCGGAAGGCCCUGCAAUUUUCGUGAAUACAUCACACAUCAUCUUUAUUAGCGACUAAACAGCUGACUAAAAAUCACAAUUACUUGGUACAACCGGAGCGGCAAAUUGUAAAACAUCAGUAAAUGAACAGCAACAACGACAACAUUGAAAACCACGAAAUUGCAGUCUGUCAGCACUUAAACGGCCGCUUUGCCCAUUCUUCAGUGCUGUUUCCAUUAAGUUAUUUGUUACUUUUGCGUUACUACAUUACUGGAAAAACCAUGUUCAUAGAAGUAAAGCUGUUGUUCUUUUACUAGUCGUUAUAAACAGGAACUGGACUACAUCGAAAAUAUCGCGUCCCAAUCCAAUGUUAAAUAACGACAGAUCGCAGGACAUUUAAAUAAUUAGUAAGACAGCGGACGGCUGCAUAUUCCAGAGAAUUAGGCGGCAUUAAUUUGCUUCUACUUGAGAUCCUGAAAACUUUUCAUUUAGAACAUUCCCAUGCAGUCCUUGUAGAGAUUGAAAUUGUACAUAACAGAUAACGAAACUGUAUCAAAAAACAAAAAAAAUAUAUGUUAAAAUAUAUGAAAUAUAUAAUGAUUAACGAAAUAUAACGAAACUUAUCCUUCCAUUCAAGUUUUUGUUUCCAAUAAACCAAGAAACCAUCUGUUAUAACCGAGUAUACUUGCUCUCAACAGAACUCUUCCGUAGUAUAUCGUGGAUGAAGAUUUCAUGGUUAAAUUGCUUUCUUGGUACAUCUUUAAGUGGUUGCUUUAAAUCAGUAAUUUAUGUUUUGUUAGCACUAAUUGAGCUUUGUACUAGUGAUAUCCGGUGACUUACAACGUUCUUCUUGUGGUCAUAAAUAUAGCAGAGACAGAAAUCCUUACUACAGUCUCAGACAAAAAUAGUUGUUCAUGGCGGUUCGGUCACCACAUCUUGUACACCAACAUUGAGGGGACAAGGAGACCCCAAAGUGUCCCAACCAUUUUGACUGAGACUGUAGCUCUUACAGACUUACAGCAAACACAUUAGCACUUUCCUACUUCAGUUUUUGUAGACAUCAGUUUGGCUUCUGUCAUGCUUUUUCUUUUAAAGUUAACGACUUCAGGCGCGGAUCUAGGAUAAAUGCUGACCCAUUUCCUAAACAAGCGCCAAAAGCGCAAGCUUCCGAGGGGGGCUCGGGAAACAUGCUCCCCUGGAAUUUGUUUGGAUUUUAACUGGUAUCAGAAGUUUAUAUGCCUCUGCUGGUAUACAGUAAUAAUGAAAUCUAAGAAAUGUUACCAAUUAACUAAUUUCCGCAAGUGCAAACCAUCUUUCUUCAAAUCAAGUCGAAGUAGCGCCGGAAGUAGCGCUUUCCGCUUCUAAGUGUAUUUCCCUUAUCAGGAGGUCAAAGUGCGACCUUUGAAGACGGAGUUGACCUCAGGGGUAUUUGCAGUAAUGAGGGAUCGUAAUAUGGAAAUCUGCUCUUAACACAAGUGCCAUUUACGCAGUAGUACUUUGUCGUGUACUUUGUCGAUGGCAGUUUGCGGCCUGGCUCCUUGGGAUCUGGAUACGACCACUUCUCCUCAUGUGACAGUACCACAUCGUAAGGUAUGAUCUUUUUUCCGUCUCGGAAAUUCAAUAUGGCACUGUCUACACUCCUUUGCUUUAGGGUUAUCCUCUAAAAAGCAGAGAACUAGAGGCUUGUUGUUGUGGUGUAUCUCAGUAUAUGGCCGCUGGUUUGUGUCGUCUGUGGACUUGGCGCGACUUGGUCUCCAGGGAUUUCUGUGACUGCCACCUUUCUUGCCUUGGGCAUCCUUUGAUGGUUCGAUGAGUGCACUCUUAGAAGGAGCCUUACGCCUCGAUGUUUUUCGAAGGAAAUCUAAAUGUUCCUUAAUCAUACCUGUUUUCUCGGCAACGCUUAAGCUGUGUUUGCAGAGUUUAUUGAACUUGUAACAAGAGCAAGCACAAGUUACAUGAUUGUAAACUGGAGCUUUGUCAAGUCGACUUUACUUUUGUCGGUUUUUUCCAUGGCUUCCUUUUGGCGCGUUAAUUUGUUAUUGAUGCUUUCGGAUUGGUUGGUGUAGCUUUUCAAAGGCGUACCUGAUGUGUCAAGAGGCAUACCAGCCUUGAGUCUUGCUGUAGCUAUCAUAUUAUUUUUCAUCAUUUUCUUACGAGCCUUGAUAUAGUUCCAAAACUCAGGAGCUUUCCCCAGUUAGCUUCUCUUCUUCUUUGUCCAGUGAUUCUUUUGCUUCCGUCAAGCGGUUCUUCAAAUCUUUUUUGUCUUUCGCAUCUAGGAUACCGUCUGAGUCGUCACCCUUUCCAAAGACCACUUCAAGAAAGAACUUUUGGUUUUGUUUUUUGUGGAUCCCCAGCUUGUGAAGCUUGUCCUUACAGUUUUGGUAAAAAUGUCGGAAACAUCUUAACCCAGUUGCGUGGCGCAUAACCUCUCUUAAGGCUGAGUACAGUGUUUCUUCUCCGUCUGUAAUGAAUCCCUUUCCCUUAUCAGCAAGACUUGGUGUGUUAGAAGCUACAGCGUGGACAAUCUUGCUGUAAACACUCUUUUGCUUGCUGUAGUGGAUUGCUGUUGGUCCUACAAAAGCUGGGGCUUUGCCUGUUCUCUUGGAUAUCAAGAACAAGUGCUUGUACGUGAACGGCGUAACCUCAAAUUUUCCAAAGUUAAAGGUGGGGUCGACGCUCAUAGGGUGACUUAGUAUCUCGGAAGUGCAGAAUCUCGAUAGGUCCGCUAUCAUAUGUGGUUUGGCAAGUACCCACAGAUCCUCUGGAAAAUCAUGGUGCUCAAGCACGAUUGGGUCUUCACGAUGUUUUGCAUAUUGCAAGAGCUCGUCGACUUGAUCUACUUUUUUCAUCUUGUUUUUCAGGUCGUAAAGCUGUUGUUUUGACCUCGGCAACUCUCCGGGUUCACGAGCCCCUAGGAUACCACCUGCAGAGGCUGAAACUUUCUUCAACGUCACAGAUGCCGAACUUGCAGCAAGUUCACCCUUGAUCGCCUCCAUAGUACUCUUUCGGGUAGGGUAGAAUGGCCUUUUACCACUUUUACUGUUGCCAUGGGCAGGAACCUCAAAAUCAACCUCUUCGCAAUCUUUAUCUGUUAGUGUAUAUUGAAGCAAACACGCAGAAUUAACAACUUCCUCGUCCCGGUCAAAAAGAAGAAAUAUCGAACGACAGAGACCAGCUUUGUUCUUCGUCGAAUGGACAUAUAUGUGAUAUUCGUUAUCACUGGCUAAUUCUACCUUCUUCUUCUCCAAUACUUGUACUUGGUCAUUUCUAUCUACUUCCACUGUCCAGGUAGCGAUUCGCAAUGUCUCCGAAUAAACUCCAUUCAUAUCGCUCUUGACAUCUUGCCAACAUUUAUAUUUACUGACAUCUACAAGAAAGGACAGGUUCCUUCGCACUCGAAGAGGAGUUUUCCUACAUUUUUUUCUCCUUGUUCCAUGAGCAGUCUUUUAGCCGCCUCCCUUACUGUAUAGCGUUCCUUCUUACCAGUCUCAAGGAUUGGCAGAUCUUUGUCAUGGCCGUAUAGCAUGGAACUGGAGGGUUUUGUUGAUUUUGUGCUUCGUACAGUAGGAGGUGUAACCUCUGGAUCUGCAAACACAAAAGGAAAGUAGUAAGGCUGGAACAAAAUGUAUUCCUACAAUCAUACUGGAGAUUACAUAAACAAGUCCCAAAGCCAAAAGCCAUAAUAAACGGUCUUGUGUAUGUGCUAAGAAAUUAGACAAACCUGUAUGCUCGGGGGCAUGUGACGGUACCGCUGCCUCCUGAUAAAUCCGUUCAUCUUCACUACCAGAAUCAGAGAUAAGAACUUCCAAUUGCUUCGUGGUCUUGUCAUCCUCCUUUGUGUAUAAAAAAUUAUAAUAACAGUUACAUUAAAUUAAUUAAAUUAAAAAGGGAACCUUGCAGUCCAUCUGCAAAUAUUGCGGUAAUAACAUUGUGUGCGCUUCCAUGCAAAUGGUGUCAGCUGAUUCACGACAAAAUAACGAUCCUCACGUUAUUGCAGCUUUGAGGCACAUAACGGGUACAAGGUCCUGUUACAAGAUGUAUGCAUGCUAGCCUAAACAGUGGCAUUCUCCAUAGUGUCAAAUGUAGCAGUGGAAAUUAUUAGAAAAAAGUUCCCCUAUAUAGCACAAAAUUGUCACCUUGCGUUUACGUCACGAGCCCUAAGCCGACGUUUAAUUCUAGCUUAGACUGGUUUCCUCAUAUGGAACAAUGUGGCCUUGGAAUAACACAGAACGCUGCUUGCAAUCAUAACUUUGCAACGUUUAUUAUUGUACAAAGGUCCAUUCAGAUAAAUGAACAUUCGAACAUUGAUUAAGAUUAACAUGCAUUGAGACAUACCUUGUCUGAAAAAUGUGAUGACUUUUUGCAAAACAAUUGCAACUUCCCCAUCUGAACCUUGACGACCUGAGGAUGCAGCAGGUAAGUCACUCGAAUGUGUUUGUAGAACGAACAUUAAGACGUUUAUCUUAAACACAGAACUCCCCACAACUUUAGAAUUAUUUGUAAUCUGUUCUUGUUCUCUACUAUUAAAUAGGCUUGGGAGAAACGAACCUGCGGUUUGUUCUUGGAAUGAGGGGGACUGCUCAUCCCCACUACCAUCACUUAAAAUGACCAUUGGGAUAGACGAAACUCUUUUUUCUUCUCUCUGUAAAUAUACAAAAAGCCUUAAAUAAAAUUAAGCUACUGGAGUUACCGAAUUGACGAAUUAAUUGUCAAAAAGUAAACGACCACAUGUCCACAAGGGAGAUUCAAAAAAUGGUACCCAAUUUUAACUUUUAGAAAAAACAGGAUACCAACCUUAGAAAUAUAAGAAUUAAGCGGCGAUCUUGAGUGCGUUGCACGUCCUCUUCUCGAAUCUGUGCAACGUAAAUACAUAGGAAAUUACUCAAAGACAAAUUAACAACGAUGGGUUUCUGUUGUUCAACAGAACCUAGGUUUGAGUUAACAAUUAGGUAGCGAACCUGUAAACAAAGAAAACGAGGUGCUACAAACCUCUGGGCUGUAAUUGCAUUGGAAGAGGUGUUGAUGCACUUGGAUAGAAAUGCUUCUCGCUUUCACAAGAAAAAUCCGACAAAAAUUUUUCUUGGUUUCGUGAGGUGACGUCGGCAUGCUAUAACAAAUAAAGACAAUUUUGAAUGAGUUUUUUUACUGAUUCACUUUCUCCUAAACGUGCUUUAUUCUUGAAAUAACACAUGAAACAUGGCCGUGCCAUCGGCAUACGUUUAUGAUCGUAAUACUCUGGGAUAAAAAAAUACCAAGGUCACCCACCAUCAACUUCUGGAGGGCAGUUACCGAGCACACUUCCUUAAAGGGGCACCUUCAACCAGUGUGCAUUGCGGUCGUGAACGUACCUGAAAUCAUUUGCUGUAAUACAAAACUUACGAAGGUUCGGGAUUUUAUCUUUGCAACCUUAGGGAAUAGCAGGCUUACAUACACUCCUUAAAAGAAACAGAUAAAUGUCCCCUAUAACUGAAGGUAAAAAUAAUUAAUACCUUUGUACAACUCGAUCUCGUCUUUCCGUGUUGACCGCGCGAUGGUUCAGAGAAGAAAACAUGAGCCUUCUUCUUGAUAGGCAAAUCGGUGUCUGCGUCGGGAAACUUUCUUUUCUGACAAAACAACGGAAUUUGACAUUGGAAUAUGCAACGGUAGUGAUAUUCGAUAAAGGAAAAGCCACAAGAAAAUGAAUCACGAGCGAUACUGUAGCGUUUACCUUAAGAGGAGAUGGAUUGAAUUUUGCAAAACUGAGUGGAAUGACAUCAGAAGGGCGCAAAACUUGGUUUACCUGUAACCUAGAAAGUCUGAAAGUAACGGAAAUAAAAUCCAAUUUUUUAAGAUAUGUAAGCACGAAAAUCGAACCAAACAGUUCGGGAGAAAGUAGGCAAACAAACACAAAAAGAUGGCAACGGCCCAAAAAAGUUACUUGUGAUAUAGACGAAGGGCUAAACCCAACUAACUUACCCAAGGCGAGGAAAAAUAACUUGUGACAGGGACUGGGCUUCUUCGUCACCAACUUGUGCAAGAGCAAGGCGUUUCCACAGCCAGGUACAAAGUUCCUGUUUUCUUUCACUCCCUGAGAAAACAACCAACAGACCGUUUCCAUCUCCACCCAUAAAAUCAGGAACGGGAUGAGUAUCAAGGAGAAAGUAAUCAUCUCUCAAGCGACCUAGCAAUAGGGUGUACGGUUGGCACGUGUAAAUCCAGAAAUCAUGCUCUGAACAGUCCGUUGUAUUUAGGCCUUGCAGAAGAUUUAAACGACCUUGAGGUGAGAAUACAGCGUCCUUUGCUAUAAUUUUCUCAGCAAGUUCGACAGAAUCAGGAAGUAGGCCUUUCCUCUUAAGGACGGUGAGGCAUUCCAGAGCAUCAUAAUGCCGCUUUUCUCUGAAAGUGUUUAAACUUUCAAGGUCGUGAAGAAUCAUUUCCUGAAAUAUUCUAGGUACCAGUUCUGGCCAGUUGUCAUUCAUCUCUUCCUCUUGCGUAGCAUUGACGAUUUUCUGUGCCGCUACUAGGCAAAGAAAGGUACAGGCAUUCGUACCAUCGUUAGCUGGUGCAAUACCCGCUAAAUCAUUAACAGCAUUGGACUUAGACCGCUCAAGUGCUUCUGCUAAUCGCUCAUCGGCUUCUUCCAUAGGUGUGGAUUGGCUGACUUUCAGAGACGAUAUAUUUGCCAGGAUUUCCCUUGGUAGUAGUGGCCUUUAGCUGCGAAAAGAACUUCUUGGGCACUCGGACGUAAAGACGCAUCGUAGUUAGUGCACAUCUCAAACAUUUUCUCAAUACUAACCCACAAUGACGCUUGAAGGCGAUGAUAUUUUGUUGAGCUGCUAGGUUUCAGUUGACCUUCCAUCUUUUCUUGCAGCAACGAUUGAAAUCGGGCAGGAUCAUUAGCGGUGGUGGCAGAGGCUGAUUUCAAUUCAAUUUCAAACGGAAAACUGGUGUCAGGAUUUAAGACGCUGAAAAAUAUCAUCCCUAGAGCCCAAACAUCGAUUGCUUUCAUGUCAUCCAGGGUUGCUGUGGCUAACUUUCGGCUCUCUAAGACUAUUUCUGGUGCCAUAUACGGUUUUGUCCCACGCUCGAUGUUGGAUGUUUGUGCGUGAAUUAUUGCUGAUGUCUGAAGUAACUGUGAGCGACUUUCACCAAAAUCCGUUAGUUUGCAGACCACUGGUUCAAUGUUAAACAUAUCUUCAAGUUGAUCUUUGUUGACCCCUGGUCGCGCGUAAUGCUUAUUACUUACUAACACAUUCCCUGGUUUUAAGUCGCGGUGCACCACGCCACUUGAAUGCAAGAAGUCAAGGCCCUCGGCGAUAUCAAUAGCUACCUUGGGAAAAACAGGUAAAAAAUGUUUAAAGGCUUCAAUGGCUUGUAUUCGAUCGAGGCAAUGCAAAAAGGCAAGCAGAUCUGAAACCUGAACGUCGAGACCGAAUGGCAAAAAAUCAAAACAAUCGUAUUCCAUCAUUAUGGCCACCGGUUUGGAACAAACAGCAACAAAUUCUGCCACCUUAGGAUGCCGUAGAUUUUGCAACAUCUUCGCCUCCUUUGCUACUAGCUUCAGAUUUGAGUCUCCCUCGCCAAAAAAUCGCUUUACCACCACGGCUUUCUUCUCGGGAAUGUAAUUCGCCUUCAUCACGGACCCGAAACUUCCCUUCCCUAUUUCAUUCUUGUCAGCAACAUCAGCCCAUCGAAAACUAGGAAUAUCGCGAAAGUAACCUUUUGUGAGAGAUUGCGCGUCGAGAAGAGGUAUCUUGAAAGCCAUAUUAGGCUUCAAAACAAUAAUACAGCGCUUAAGGACAGUCACGACCAGUGUUAGAAUUUAACCUUGAUAGCACAUGGCUCUUAUCGCCGGUCUCACAUGACCCAAAAGCGCGGGAAAAUUAGUCACGCGAUGGUUCGCGUGACUGAGGAAAUGAAAAAAAAAGGUGGAAACCCGAUUCAUAAACGAAGUGCCAAGACACUUUGGAAGUUUGUUCGUUAUAUCAAGGGUUCGCUAUAUAGAACACCUCCAUUUAACGAAUUUCCCGGAAAACUACCAAAAUAUCCCUUAUAUCCAAGUAUAGUUAACAAUUAAUUUACAAAACCCAGCAUUUCCGGAUCUGAAAAAUUAUUGUAAUAACAUUUCAGGACCGAGUACAUAGCUACGGCACUAGAAAAACUACAGUACACAUACAUUUUUUACCUUGAUGGUCUGUUUGGCACUCUUUGUUAUCACAUGCUGACAUUUAUUCGUUAUAUCGAGGUAAAUUUUACGUUUGCGCUUGUGGAUGGUGUUCGUUAUAGAGAUGUGGAUUUCGUUAAAUCGAGGUUGUGUUCCAUACACUCUCUGUAAUUCUGGCCGGGCAGCAGAUAGUUUUCGUCAUACCGAGGACUUCUUUAUAUAGAUGUUCGUUAGAUUCUUUAUAUAGAUGUUCGAGGUUUCACUGUAGUUAUCUGAUCAUCUUGCUCUCGAUUUGGUUAUUUUCGCACCCUAUCUCAGUGGCUAGUUAAUGUAUCAGAAAGGGAAAUUCCAUGUUCUUCAAACCGCAAAGCGGCAAAACUGAAGUAAUAAUCUAUUAAUGAGUAACUCUGUUAUCUCUACUGUUAUAUCCCCACCAUGUCUUUUGUUUUGUUGAAGUGUUUGUUUUAUCUUUUUUUUUGUUCUCAUUGAAAUCACACGGAAUUUUGCUGCCGAGUUUAACAUUUAUUCACUAAAGUACUGAAAAAAUAAAGGGCAAAGCGUUCGUUUUAAAGACAGUGCUGACAAACUGCAAUUUCGUUGUUUUUAUAGUUGUUGUUGCUCUUCAUUCACCCCGAUUUUUAGUCAGCUGUUUAGUCGCUAAUAAAGAUGAUGUGUGAUGUAUUCACGAAAAUUGCAGGGCCUUCGAAUAAUCUCCUUCACACUACUAAAACUACUCAGUCCAUAUAUUUUAUUUCGCUUUACAUUUUUAAUUAUAUUGCAAAACAAUACUUAAGGGAAAAGAUAAAAAAAAAGACUGGGGCAUUCCAUCACGCAAUCAUGGAUCCUAGACCAACAAAGGAGGCCUGCGUUUGACUGUUGCCUUUUCUUGUUGCUCAGUCCAGCAAUAGCUAUAGAUAAACGUCAAACGACCAAAAAAAAGCAAAGUCGGCACGCCAGUAGCUAUAAACUGUACGGAAUAUAAGCGCCAUGCGUAAACUGUUUUCAUCAAAUGUGUAGGUCGUUUUAAAUUGCGAGGUCUGGGUUUUCUAGGUCUGUGUUUUCGAGGUCUGGGUUUUCUAGGUCUGUGUUUUCGAGGUCUGGGUUUUCUAGGUCUGUGUUUUCGAGGUCUGGGUUUUCUAGGUCUGUGUUUUCGAGGUCUGGGUUUUCUAGGUCUGUGUUUUCGAGGUCUGGGUUUUCUAGGUCUGAGGUCUGUGGUCUGUGUUUUCUAGGUCUGAGUUUUCUAGACACCCUUGUCAUUUUCAGUUAGGCUUACUUUAAUCCCCAUCAAGUGCUAUAAAAUGUUAACACUGUUAGCCUGUCUGCAGAUAUUUUCUUAAUUCUGUGAAAAUCACUGACUUCGCAGGUUAGUUGAUAAGUUUAUGCCCUAAUCUUUCUUGACGACUUCGGAUUGUUGGGAAUCAUUUGAAAAUUUAAAUCCGAAAAAUGGAAGUAGAUCUACGAAACCUCAAAAUCCACAAAACGUCUUACAUCUGAGCUCUCUAUGGCUUUACGUGAUUUCCCUAUACUUGCAGCUGCAAAUAUAAGAUCAGUGGGUCUAUUUCCCUACAUUGAAACCAAAAAUAGUAAGGAUUGUACAGUCAUGCUAGGUUCCUGGUCCUUUAUAAACCCGAGCAAACAUGCAAUGGAACAGUCAAAGCUUUCCUAAAAGACCAUAAGUGGUUGUUCAUAUGCGAUCAUGCGAUGCCCCUUACUGGUCGUUUCGAUACAAAGUCCGUGGUUUUGCAUUUUGCAUUGCUGGUUUGCAUGUGACAUCACAGCGGCCAUGUUGGUGGUCAUGCAAGAACAAAAGCAUUUCUCUCCUCUGGGAACUAAACUCUAUUUUCAUGUAAAUUCUUCCAGAAAAAAUUCUAUUGUCUUGACCCCAACAUGGCCGCUUUGUAAAGUGGUUGGAAACCAAGAAUAGUUGGCUUAUGGAGCAAAGAAUAUUUAUGCCAUGUGUAUUUCUUGUUCAUGUCCCAUAACUAUACUUUAAUUGAUUGAAAUUGUUUUGUAGUUUCACUGCUUAAUAAGUUUGUAUCAAAAUGACUUUGCAUUGGAAUGACCAGUUUCCAAUGCACCUAUUGAAGGGUGGUCACUUAUGAAUGUUUUGAGAAGGCUUGCUGUCCUGUUUAUUACCUGCAAUACAUUAAUACAGGGCUUAAAAGAACGGCCGGUCAACGGACAAUGUCCGGCCUGAUCGUGGACUUGACCGGUCAAACUCUCAUCUUGCCGGUCAUUUUUGGAUGGGAACCUUUUAAAAUAUUUUCCAUAUAGUUGCCGCUUAAUGCGUUUUGAAACUGAGUUGUGGAGUAAUGCAACGAUGCUGCAGGUCGUACUGUACUUUCUGCUUUGCUGUGAUUAGUUAUGUGACCUUCUUUGGGAAAACAUACACGUUAUUUGUUAGAAAACUAAUAAAGGAUAGCUAACAGUUUUUGUCAAUCUAACAUUUCACAUCUACUAACCCUUGUAAGAGGAUUGUGAAAAUCACCUUCGACCUGCAAGGAAGCUGUACUUUUGACGUCAUCGGUUUAUUAAUCGCAAAAUUCUUCCAAAUUUGGUCAUCAGUAGCUGGAUAUGGUGAAUUACGCGUGUGCUUUUAGCCAAUCAGAAGUGAGGAAAUAUUUUGAAUGAAUAAUAACAUGCAUUAAUUAGCAUUUUUGCCUGAACUAAAAACUUGGCCAAGAAGCUUACGCUAUAUGCAUAAGCGGUUGACUGAAUUUUCGUUAUAACAAGAACUUAAAAAUACGGAAAAGACCAGCUGGUGAUUUUCAAAAAUGGUUGCAGUAAAUGCUUCAAAGUUGUCACAGUUCAAAUUGGAGUUUAUAGUGCUGAGUGCUGGUUGUAACUAGAGCUGGUUACUAACAGGGAGAGGGGUGAAUAGCCAAAUGAAUUUGCAGAUUUUGAAAAUGUUUUGUCCAGAUUUUGGAUUCUAAGUGAGAUUUUAACAGAUUUCCGGAUCCUGCAAUUUCAGCGGAUUGUGGAUUCAUCCAUUUACUGGGCCCUGAAUUUGGACUUUGUGUGUAAUAAAGCUUUUUUUGCAAGGAUUCAGGGUGAAACUUUAAUGGCAGAUUCGGUUAAUAUAUCAUGACGGAUCGGUGGAUUUGCAUACCCCUAUUCACCCACCUCUAUAAGAGUAGUUGUGAGGAGAGCUUUAGUCUAAGGAAAACAGCGGAUGACAUGUUGUGACGCUACCAAUGGUUUCCUUGCAAGGAAAUGUAAGAUGUCUGAAUCCCGUGGGAGGGGUAUUCCCCAUAAUGGCUCAUACUGGUCGAUCGGAGGCUCCACCGGAAGGGGGCACUUUUUUCAGUUUUCUGUCAAAAGUGGUAUACGAAAGGGUAAGGAGUUGCACCUCGGGGCAGGACCUCCCAUAUAAAAAUUUCUGGCAAAUCUGCAAAUUCAAUAUUAGCUGCCCCUCUGAUAAGAAACUUUACACCCAUGGAGUCAAGAUUGGCUCACUCCCUUUAGUAGCAAAUCCCAGAGGAGUUUGAUCCCUGCUUCUGUAUAUCAGGCUUGGUUAUAAGCCUGGUUCUUGUAUGCUAUGGACCUACACCACACACUUAGGAUAUAAGCAUGAAAGCAAGGCCUAAGGCCCACUGGAUUUCCCGCAAACGUCAGAAGAAGUAAAUAGGGUGUCGAAAACAAGAACGAUAAAUGUGAUUUUAAGGUUAAACGUCAACCCCAAAAGAUAUUCCUGGAGCAGUUGUAGUAUGAACAUGCUUUGGAAAGUGGACAGUGGAGAAACUAACCUCUGGUAAUGAUCCUUUGGAAAUACAUGAAACGUCAAGUCUUUCCUAUUAUCAGAGUGAUUAUUACAAAUCACAGCAGCACAGCGUUGUGAGAACUAUUUUUGUCAAAGUUGUAGGAUGUGCUUCUGCCACAUCUAACUGCGAUGUGGCUGUAAGGCCUUGCUUCAUACUUAUCUUGUAAGUGUGUACACCUAUUUCAAUAAAGGUUGCUUUGAGAAUCGUGCUUUGGUGUUUGAAAGCCAUUGUUUGGUGGUCACUCAAGAAAGCAUUGCGUUGUAUUCUGUGUUUCAAUGACCAAAUCCCAAAGCAACCUUUACUGAAAUGGGUGUAUACCUGCGACACAGCUACAAGUUGACAAUUGCUUCCAGUACUGUUCUGGCAAGUGCUAUUAUACACUUGUAUGCCCCAGCAGCUAGAGGUACCAGAAUGCCUAUGAGGUUGAACCUGAGUGCCUUAAAUUUUUCAGGCCAGCUGUGAUGCAGGUUAGCAGGGUAUUCAUUAGGCAUUGGAGAUUGGAGAAUUCUCUCUUUACUACGCUGAAUUGUCCGGCUAACAUUCGGUAGCCUAUGACUAUUUUUAUUCAGAUGUGGAGCCUCUUUCAAAAUAUUCUCCUUUGAUGUUACAUCUUUCUCCUGCUACUAGAAAUCUUAAAAUAAUAUGAAAACCCUGGGUUGGGGCUGAAAUAUUAGCUAUGCUUUAAUUUUGGAAGUUCAUAGUAUUAUUAAUUAUUUAAUGUAAUAAUAUUUAUUGGUGGAGUACAUGCUGAUGGUUAAUGGUCUCACCCCUCUCUCCAUGUAACUUCCUUUUAUUUUUUUCUUUUCAUAGAUUAAUGUCUGGGAUACAGCUGGCAUGGAGCGGACCAGAUCUCUUACUUCAAAUUACUACAGAAACUCUCAUGCUGUUGUCUUUGUGUAUGCUGUUGACGAUAUGUACUCACUGACUGUGUUGCGGAACUGGAUAGAAGAUGUAAAUAAGGAUGCAACCAAAGCCCUAAAAUUCCUUGUUGGUAACAAAAUAGAUCUUGUUGAUGAAGGUGCAGUGGUUGAUGAUGACUUAGCAGAGAACUUUCGCAAUAACAAUGGCUUACAUUCACUCUACCAAAUUUCAGCCAAGACAGGGGAAGGAGUUUUUGAAAUGUUUGACAACAUUGCCAAGCUACUGGUUCGCAAUACAAAGGCAACGAUUCAGGAUAGAAGUUCUUUCGCUGUCAUUGAAGCUAAAAGCGAAAAAGCCACUAAAGCGAAACAAAGCAGUGGUUGCUGUAGUUGA